AUGCUCCAACAACCAGUAUCGAGGGAAUUACGCUCAUUUCAAUCACUUUCACGUUUUUCUGGACCACGCGGAUUGCUAAGCAGGCGUCAAUCGAAUUCUAGACGCUAUUUGCAAUCACGGCGCAGAACUACCGAAGCUUACGUGGGUGAUUCCCAGGUGCUGUCAGCACUGGGACCUGGCUCAUCCACGGAAUAUAGAGGCUUCUUGCCAACUAGGAAGAAAACUUUCUCAUUAUCUAUGGAAGUAAGCCCAUUACGACCAUGGUGUGAUAGUAUUUUGGAAGACGAUUGUCAGAAACAAACCCAAGUUGGUUGGGAUAGUGAAGCGGAUAUUAUUGACGAUGAAUGCGAUUUACCCUAUCCAGGAUUUACCGAACUAGCCUUAUACUGUUUACGGCAAGCAGUACCACCACGUUCAUGGGCGUUACGGAUGGUUAUGAAUCCGUGGUUUGAUCGGAUAACAAUGUUUGUUAUUUUGGUCAACUGUGUAACGCUUGGAAUGUAUCGGCCAUGUGAGGAUAAUGAUAAUUGUACGACAUAUCGUUGCUACGUUCUCUCAACUAUUGAUCAUAUCAUUUUUGCAUAUUUUGCUAUAGAAAUGAUGAUCAAAAUAGUUGCACUCGGGUUCUAUGGCUCAGCCGCUUAUCUUUCUGAUACUUGGAAUCGCCUUGAUUUUUUUAUUGUUUGUGCAGGGUGUGCAGAAUAUCUAUUACAAGAAUAUUUGGGUAAUAUAAAUUUAACCGCUAUACGAACAAUUCGUGUACUUCGACCGUUACGUGCUGUCAAUAGGAUACCAUCUAUGAGAAUUCUUGUUAACCUAUUAUUGGACACAUUACCGAUGCUCGGCAAUGUAUUGUUGUUAUGUUUCUUUGUCUUUUUCAUAUUUGGUAUUGUUGGUGUUCAGUUAUGGGCUGGACUACUUAGAAAUCGCUGUGUUAUUAGCUUACCCAAAAUAAAUGCUGAUAUUGAUGUCUCAGAUAUAUCACUUACACGAUACUAUAUACCAGAGGACACCUCGCUAGAAUAUAUAUGUAGUCAAGCUGAUUCAUCAGGUCUUCAUACAUGCAAUAAUUUACCUCCUUACGUACACAACGGAGUUAAAUGUAAUUUAACAAUACAUGAAUGGGCAAAUGUAAAAAAUGACACAACAGCGUGUGUAAAUUGGAAUGCUUACUAUAAUGAAUGCAAAGUUAUGCAUCGUAAUCCAUUCCAAGGAUCCAUAUCUUUUGAUAAUAUUGGCUUCGCAUGGAUUGCUAUCUUUCUCGUAAUAAGCUUAGAAGGAUGGACAGAUAUAAUGUACUAUGUACAAGAUGCGCAUUCAUUUUGGAAUUGGAUAUAUUUUGUCUUACUGAUUAUUGUAGGAGCAUUUUUCAUGAUCAAUUUAUGUUUGGUUGUUAUUGCGACACAGUUUGCGGAAACGAAACGACGUGAAACAGAACGAAUGAUUGAAGAAAGAAAAAGACUACGAUCAUCAGGAUCUCUUAGUAGUGAUCCAGCUCAUUCAUCGAGAGAUGGUGAAGGUGGUGACAGUGUUUAUGCAGCUAUAAUCAAAUCUAUAAGACAUUAUUCUCGUCGAUUGAAAAGACGAUUUCUUAAGCAAUGGAAGAUUUGGGAAGAACGUUUUGCAACGAGACGAAAAUUCUUCAAAGGUCUUUCUAAUGACACUCAUCCAAAAGCUGGAAAUUCUGAAGAAACGAAGACGAAAGAUAUUCAAGUUACUAAUGCUGCUACAAAUGAUAAAUUAUUACCGUUGGAAAGUACUUAUCAUGAAGAAAGUAAAUUGCAAAGCAGUGUUAAGAAUCUGAAAUGGAAUGGAAGUAUGAAUGAUUGCACAACAAGCAGUGUAGAAAGCGACAUGGAAAUAGGUUCAACGAAUGACAAUCAGCUUACCUCUCUGAAAAAAUCUCUUCGGGUGGGAGACUUGUCGAGUGGUGAGGAAAGUGAUGUGGAACUUUCCGAUCAAUUAUCCGGAACCGAAAGUGAGCUUGAUUGUGACGUUGCUGGUGGUGUCGAUAGCAGCGAUGGCUGUGGUCAUCAUUCCCGCAUUAAAUCAGAUAAGUUAACGAAAACAAUUUCUACGCUAUUUGGUCAACUCCGUAAAAAGCUUCGAGCAUUUGUAGUUUGUAAUCAUUUCAAACGCGGUAUUUUAUUCGCUAUUUUAAUUAAUACUCUCAGUAUGGGUGUCGAGUACCAUCAGCAGCCUGAAUUGCUGACAACAAUCUUAGAAAUCAGUAAUUACUUUUUCACUGGUUUAUUCGCAUUGGAAAUGUUGCUCAAAAUAGGUGCAGAUGGUUUAUUUGGAUAUCUUUCUGAUGGAUUCAAUCUUUUUGAUGGUGGAAUAGUUGCACUGAGUGUGUUGGAAUUGUUUCAAGAAGGAAAGGGAGGGUUAUCAGUACUUCGAACAUUUCGUCUACUUCGGAUUUUAAAACUGGUCCGAUUUAUGCCAGCUUUACGGUAUCAAUUAGUUGUUAUGUUACGUACAAUGGAUAAUGUGACAGUAUUCUUUGGAUUACUUGUUCUGUUCAUCUUUAUUUUCAGUAUAUUGGGGAUGAACUUAUUUGGAUGCAAGUUUUGCAAAAAUCCUGUCAAUGCAAUGGAUCAGACAAAAAAGUGUGAACGGAAAAACUUCGACUCGCUUUUGUGGGCACUGGUCACUGUUUUUCAGAUUUUAACACAAGAGGAUUGGAAUGUCGUUUUAUUUAAUGGUAUGGCUCGUACGACACCUUGGGCAGCUCUGUACUUUGUUGCUUUGAUGACAUUUGGCAACUACGUACUGUUUAAUUUGCUUGUUGCCAUCCUGGUUGAAGGUUUUCAAGAAAGUAAAGAAGAAGAAAAACGACAGCUGGAAGAAGAAGCUAUGAAGAAAGCAACUGUUGAGGAAGAAGAAAGAAAGCGAGAAUUGGAACUAUUUCUGGCUAAAGCUUCCUCCUCAUCCACUUAUCUUAAUCAAAAGAGUUCUCCCACAUAUUACUCUUAUAACCGUGGGCCAGGUAAUUUUCAAGCAUUUCAAGAUGUAUAUCAAAUGAGGUACAGUGUUCCGACAAGUCCAGAUGAUGAAGAGGAAGGUGAAAAAUCAUCGCAGCAACAAUCGUUCCUUACCAGACGAACUGGUAGUUUUAAUCGCCAUCAUCUGCCAAAAGCUAUUAAUCCAAAUCUUAAUUUUCGAUUAGACCGACAUACUUCACUUAUUCUGCCUCAGAUGGUAUCAUACUUUGACCCUUAUUCAAGUGAUGAAGUGCGACAACGUAUGAAUAGUUGGUGUGGAAUGCAAACGAGGCUCAAUCCAAUUCGCUCUAUUGGUGGUCGACAAGCCGUUAUUGAGGCAUACACAAGAGAUAGACUAAUUGAGGUUAAUGAAGAAUUGCAAAUAGCGAUUGAACAAGAAGAACGACGUAAAAGAGAACAACAUAAUACGAAAUUAAAUCGAUUAUUAAGGAAGACGUGUUUUUACAAACGUGCCGAUUAUUCAUUUUAUAUUUUUAGUUCAAAAAAUCGAAUUCGAAUUAAGUGUCUUCAACUAACACAGAAAAAGUGGUUUGAUUAUACGAUUUUGAUAUUCAUCGGCAUUAACUGCAUUACAUUAGCCAUGGAACGACCAUCAAUCCCUCCGAAAUCUCUAGAACGGCAAUUUCUCACGUUUUCCGGAUAUGUUUUCACCGUAAUUUUCACCAUCGAAAUGAGUAUGAAAGUUGUUGCAAAUGGAUGUUUACUUGGAAAAGAUGCCUAUUUUAAAGAUGGAUGGAACAUUUUGGAUGGUGCACUGGUCAUUAUAAGUCUUAUAAAUAUUAUUUUUGAAUUGUUAGUUCAUAUAGAUUCACCAAAAAUAUUUGGUGUUAUACGUGUAUUACGGUUGCUGAGAGCAUUACGUCCAUUGCGUGUUAUUAAUCGAGCUCCUGGAGUAAAACUGGUGGUUAUGACGCUGAUAAGUAGUUUGAAACCCAUUGGAAACAUUGUUUUGAUUUGUUGCACUUUUUUCAUCAUCUUUGGUAUUCUCGGUGUUCAGUUGUUUAAGGGUAUGAUGUUUCACUGUGUUGGACCAAGUAUAAAUAAUGUCACAACAAAAACAGAUUGUCUGAUGGACCCACGGAAUCGAUGGGUUAAUCAUCGCUAUAAUUUUGAUAAUCUUGGCCAGGCACUCAUGUCACUGUUUGUAUUGUCAAGUAAAGAUGGCUGGGUCGCUAUCAUGUAUCAAGGUAUCGAUGCUACAGGUGUAGAUUUACAGCCAAUCGAAAAUUACAAUGAAUGGCGAAUGAUUUAUUUCAUUUCCUUCUUGCUACUUGUUGGAUUCUUUGUAUUGAAUAUGUUUGUUGGUGUUGUUGUGGAAAAUUUUCAUAAAUGUAAAGAAGCAUUGGAAGCUGAGAUGAAAGAACAAGCGCGAAAAAAGCGGUUGGAACGAAAAUUAAAACGACAACAAUACGAAAGCGAAUAUGGACAAAAGAAAAAAAGACGAGAGAAAUCACAACCAUACUGGCAAAGUUAUGGUCCAUCAAGACUAUUUCUGAACAAUAUUGUAACAUCAAAGUAUUUCGACUUAGCCAUCGCCGCUGUUAUUGGAGUAAAUGUAAUCUCAAUGGCUAUGGAAUUUUAUAUGAUGCCAGCUGGAUUGAAAUACGUUCUUAAAACACUAAAUUAUUUUUUUACGGCUGUCUUCACUCUUGAAUCUGCGAUUAAACUUAUAGCAUUAGGAGUUCGUCGGUUUUUCAGUGAACGAUGGAAUCAGUUAGAUAUUUCCAUUGUAAUUCUUUCUAUUGCUGGUAUCGUAUUCGAGGAAUUUGAAGCUUUAGAAUUGCCCAUUAAUCCAACAAUUAUCCGAGUAAUGCGAGUCCUUCGGAUUGCUCGAGUGUUAAAAUUGCUAAAAAUGGCUAAAGGUAUCCGAUCAUUGUUGGACACGGUUGGUGAAGCGUUACCACAAGUUGGAAAUCUUGGAUCUCUUUUCUUCCUCCUAUUUUUCAUUUUCGCCGCUCUUGGUGUCGAGUUAUUUGGUAAACUUGAGUGUUCGGAUGAACAUCCAUGUGAUGGACUUGGUGAGCAUGCUCAUUUCAAAAAUUUUGGCAUGGCAUUUCUUACAUUGUUUCGCAUAGCUACAGGUGAUAACUGGAAUGGAAUCAUGAAGGAUGCAUUGCGUGACGAUUGUGAUCCGUCAGAUCGUUGUGAAUCAAAUUGUUGUGUUGAUCCAAUAUUAGCGCCAUGUUUUUUCAUCAUAUUUGUAUUGAUCUCACAAUUUGUAUUGGUGAAUGUUGUGGUUGCUGUUUUGAUGAAACAUUUGGAAGAAAGUAACAAGAGGGAGGAGACUACCGAUGGCCAUGGAAUAGCUGGAACGGAUACCGAUGCGAACAAAACUGAUACAGAUGUUGAAGACAAUGCAGAUUCAUCACAAAAAGAUUUAGAUAAUACUCGUACUGACACAAAGAUUGAAAAAGACUGUUUAUUAGUUCAUGCAAAAUAUAUGGAAACGUGUUUACCAAAACACAAUGAACAUCAUAACGGGCAUUCUCCUAUGCUUCGAUGA